AUGCAUUACAUGCAGUCUCGAGGCCCAGUGGGGACUGUGGAGGCCCCAGGAGUUCCAGAGCAGCCCUUGCCAGACCAACCCCUGAGUUUCUCCUCAGUUCUAGUCGACCUACACAUCCCAUACCAUACCCAAAGCCCGGAUGCUGUGCACCUUUUCCUGGAGCAGAUCAACCUCAUUCACUGCGUGUGUGCCUCCUACUCUGAGCUGGAGCUGGUUACCUCACCAGAGGCUCUGAACAGCAUCAAGAAAUUGGCCUGUCUCUUUGGCAUGGAGGGCAGCCACUUGCUGGACAGCAGCCUCUUUGCCCUGCGUGCCUUCUAUGUCCUGGGAGUGUGCUACCUCACACUUACGCCCAUCUGCAGCACAUCCUGGGCAAAGAGUUCAUCUAAGGCCACACACCUCUUCUACAACAACAUCAAUGGGUUGACUAGUUUUGGAGAGAAAGUGGUGACAGAAAUGAAAUGCCUGGGCAUGAAAGUAGGCUUAUCUCCUGUCUCUAAUGCUGUGGCACAGCAGGCCGUAGAAGAGUCACAGGCACCUGUGAUAUGCUCCCACUCAGCUGCCUGGGGUGUAUGCAACAACACUUAGAAUGUUCCUGAUGACAUCCUGCAGCUUCUGGAGAAGAAUGGUGACAUUGUGAUGGUGUCCUUGUCCUUAAGGGUGCUGCAGUGCAACCUGUUAGCUAAUGUGUCCACUGUAGAAGAUCACUUUGACCACAUCAAGGCAGUUAUCAGGCCCAGGUUCAUUGGCACUGGCAGAGAUUAUGAUGGCACCAGCCAGUUCAGGAGGAGAACAAGUGGCAAAGUCCCCCGGAAGACAUGGUCCUGGAGGAACAGCUGGCCAGGGGUUGCUCUGUCCUCCCACAUCAGCACCAGAGACAACUGGCUGCAGACCAGACUCAAAGCAGGAUCCCAUCACAUCCAGCCCCAGCAUCACCUCACAGGUGCUCAUCUUCACACUCUUCCCUCUACCUGGUCGCAGGCUUCACGGAGGCUAGCAUAAUCCAACUACUUUUUCUCUUUUUUAAUUUUUUUUUCAUUUGUUUUGCACUUUUUCACAUUCCUGGUUCUUACUCUGUGGGUCUGGUGCGACUUAUCCCUGCCAGAUGUCACUUUGGCAGCCCUGGACACCCCAUGAAGGU